AUGUCAAUCAUACUACAGCAAGUGGUGAUUGGAGUCUGGAACCAAACAACCAUUGAAACAAAACCGGAAAGUUCACCUGUCAAUAUGAAUGUGCUUGUUGCAAUUGUUGGGACGGCUUGUGUGAUUUUAUUGAUUGCGUUAGUCGUUGUCAUUGUGUUAUGCUGCAAAAAGAAAAAGGAAAAAGUUCGCCCACAAAGCGAUGGCUUUGGAACGCAAGUUAGUUUUGAUUUCAUGAAUCCAGAGUACGGUCACAUCUCAGAUACCUUCAGGCCAACCCCCGCCACACCCCUCCAAGAGACAAUUAACUCGCACAUUAUACCACAAGAACUAGAUGAGGAAGAAACGUAUGCUAUUAUAAAUAAUUAUCCAAUGUCGCCUCCGAUUUCAACAAUCGACCUUCUACAAGCUCCACAUAGUUCAAUGCAUAGCAGUUUAAAUUUAUCCAAGACAACGCAAUCGAGAAACAAAGUACAAGAGAAUGCUUCAACUCUAUCUCUACAGCGGACUCACUAUUCAUCUCGAAUUUCAACUGAAGACAGAAUCUCCCAGGAAUCAUUCAGGUCACGUGAUCCGACGUCCUCGCCAGCGCAAGGAAGACAUAUGACGUCAUUUACAUCAUCUCCGAACACUGCCGGUAAUCGAAGUUCGCCAUACUAUCCACAAAUGUCAACAAAACCAGAACAGAGGAAUAUCGAACAGUCAGCACUGCAGUAUGCCGAACUUUCAUUCAAAGACCGAGACGAAGACGACAGAUUUCAAGCAGAUGAGAGCUGUUACGUAAUAAAUACCGAGACUGCGAAUCAACAAUACGAUGACACUGAUAAUAUGAAUCAGCAAAAUAACGUGAAUGAAACGUUGACUCAACGAAAUGGUGAUAUUGAAGAAUCCCUGCAAGUUCAGAACAGCUGUACUCAGAUGCAGGAAAAGGAGCAAACAGUUCUGGAUAGACCCAUCCAGGGGCAUAUCGGUGUCAAUAGAGUCGAAAACCUUCCGGCCGGAAGCGUAUAUGAAAAUGAAAUACCUUCUCCGACUGUCAGUCCAUAUUCACCUCAAUUCCCUUUGCAAAUUUAG